CAGAUCCUUGCUGCUUCCUUGGCCCGUGUCAGUGCCGAGGAACGUAAGGUGGGUCAAGAUAACUGGAGGGUUGCUGAGGACCCCUUCAGCUCAAGGAAGUGGUGGCAUACCAGGCUGGGCUAGUCUCUAUGGUUAUGUCCAUGGGGGUGUGUCAGUUUAAACCUAGCGUGGGAGUGGUGUGGCACAGACAAAUACAGGCAUAACAGAGCAACUGUAGCGUCAGCUGAGAAGAAAUGGCAUCAGCAGGUCCCACUCCAACCACCGCUUCAGCACAGCCCGACCUGCCGACUGGAACAGCCGUGUUUAAAACAAUCCCCUAUGUGUUCAUGCUACCUGAGAUAGUCUGUGGGGCCUGGGUCUGGAUCCUCGUUGCUGCCACCUCCGUCUCUUUCCCACUGCUGCAGGGAUGGGUGAUGUACGUUUCCGUAACCUCCUGCCUCCUCUCCCUGCUGCUCCUUUUAAGUUACCUCUUUGGAUUUCACAGAAACAAUGAGAACUGGAGAGUGCUGGACAGCUUGUACCACGGGGCCACAGCCAUUUUGUAUAUGAGUGCUGCUGUCCUGCAAGCCAAUGCAACCAUCAACUCUGAGUCGCGCCUAGACUCACUGAUCUACUACCAACUCAACAGUGCUGCAUCGUUCUUCGCCUUCAUCACAGCCUUCCUGUACAUCCUUCAUGCCUUCAGCAUCUACUACCACUGAGCCCGGAGGAGACAACCACCUUUGCAACCGCAAAGCGGCAGCUUUCCAAGAGCGAGAAAAGCACCUGUUCUCAGCAAGGAUUUCCCUGCCCUAACACUGUAUUGUACCCCGUGGAGAUGAUGGUUGUUUUUGUCACUGCACAGAAGGAGGGAUUUUUGUAUGGUGGUGUCAUGUCUGUGUGGUUAUGGGGGACAUUCUCACCUGGCCUGUGCACUCUGCCUCCUUGCAAGGGGAGAUGUUCAGCUGCUCAUGGCAUGGCUGGUACCCUCUCUGAUAGCUGCUACCCUUCCCUGGCCCAGAGCAGCUGUGAAACCAGCCCUGACAGACAGCGCUGGUCACACAGGAUGCUGCCAGACACUAUGGCUGGAUAAGGGGAAUUGGGUGUGUGCUCCGAGCUAGCUGCUGUCCCUGGUAUCCCACUGAGCCCGACAAAGGCCAAGGAGAUGCUUUCUUGGUGCUGGGUCAAGCCCCCCACUCUGAUUCCAGGCCAGGAUUAGGGCAGAAAAUGCCCCAUGCUGCCCACUGGGGCAGCACUGGGCUUCCCUACUCUGCCUUGGUCAGGUCCCUGUGCCUUGCCCUGCAUCCCAGACCUGCUUCCCAGGCACCACAGCAACCUCGGGCAGGAUCCUGGCAGAUGCAGAGUAGAACUGUGUUGCUGCAGCAAACCUGGCCUCCUGCCAGCGCUAGUGUCAUGUACAGAGCAAGUAAGUAAUAUAUCUCCGUACAGCAUUUAUUCAUUCUCACUAUCAAAUGCAGCCCUGCUGCCAUCUAGAGGUCUGUGCAUUGACUCUCUGGCUUAGAGAGCUUAAUGCAGGCCCCUUUGAGCACCCUUGGGGCCUUUCUGACACAUCCCAUGGAGGCUGUGGAGGUCUUCUAAGCCCUGCAAUGAUCCUAAUGCAUCUCAGCGAUGCUCAUUGUUCAGACAGGUUUUCUGAUCCUCAGAACUGUGCGGGCUCAGGCAUGGGCCAGAGGCUCCCUUCUCCUUCAGGUCAAAUACCUGUGGAUGGAUGUUGUAUAAAAUAGGGCACAGAUGGCAUGGGGCUAACCACCCCUGCCCCAAAGCAAGGGCUGUCUCUCACCUAACGUACUCAGGAGAAAGGUUUGUCUGACCCUGCAGCCUUCCCCAGGAACCUGCCCCACUGCUUCCUCCAAAACAAACAAAAAAUUCCCAUUGUCUUCCUUUCUUGCAGUUGAUGCCCCAAAUCUCUUCAUGUCCCUUGGGGAAAGGGCAGCUCUUUAUUCCCUACAGCAUUCUCCUUGGUGCCUCCUGCAAAACUCACCCAUCAUGCUCCCAGCCUAAGGGAUCUGCAUCCAACCCUAAACGACCCUGUUAGGCCGAGGGUGCCGGCUUGUAGUGCCUUGCCAUCGUGCCCGGUGCUGCCCAGGGUGCUUCGUCCUUGCUGUGGAGCCGGGGCACUGGCUGUGGGGAGUGGAACAGCAGGAAGGCUGAUGGGAGGCUCUGGGUGAGAGCUGACAGGGUCAGUUCCCGUUAUUGGAGCUGCACAUGCUGUGCAGACAGGGCUGGGGAGAAGGCAGCUGCAUCAUCUGCUCCCAACACUGGGGCCAAGUCCUGAGGCUGGGGGCAGCUGUGGAGCCAGAAGUGCUGUAUGUAGGGCCUGGCCAAAAUGGGUGCUUCUUUCAGACAGUCACUGGUGUGCGGGGAGUUAACAUGUAUUGCUCAUCUCUGGCCUUCAGACCCAGAAUCCUGUAACUUCGCUGGGCAUCUGAGUGAGUUCGUUAGAAAGAAACGUGUACUCCAUAUUAUAGAGAAGGUAAAUGACUCCUGUGGGGUCCAGGCUAGAAAAGCAAAUAAAACAAAAUGGCUUGGGAAAUCUCAUUA